GACCCGGAAGUGGAGCGCGACCCGGAAGUGGAAGAAGAAGAAGAGGGCGCGACCCGGAAGUCCAUGGUGCGAGGGUCAAUAUGCCGCUACCCGUCCAAGUCUUCAAUUUGCAGGUACCGAUGAAGUUUCGGGGGGGGGGGGCGGCGGCGGCGGCGGGCUCGGGUUCUCCCCCCCCCAAGGCGCUGCUGUUGUCUUUCCGUCUAGCGAGCAGGGCUGUGGUUGCGGGCGGGCAGGAUCCCGCUAGGUCGCCGAGAAGGAUCGCGCCCCUGCGGGGGAUCAGCAGCGCGUGUGUCAUUCUGGGUUGCCGUCCCAGGCGGAGCCCUUGAGGAAGGGGGCCAAGGGGGGGCGGGAUACGCCAGAGGGUCGGAGGGGCCCGAAUGUGGGCUCAAGGCCCCUGACCAGGGCGAGGGGAAAGGCCGUUGGCCGCGGUUACGGCCUGCCCCGCCGUCUCAUGCCUUUGGUUCUGCCGCCGCCCUUGCACGGAACCCGGUUCUGGUUUUGUAGAAAUCGCGACAGGGACCUCCGAGGGCCUGUGCCGCAACAUGCAGUUUAAUAUCUGACAAGUGGAGGCAGAUUGUUUCUGUUUUAAUGUAUGUUAGUGUGCACUGUGGAAACCACACUGUGUCAUGAAAUUUGCAGCUUGUUGGAAAGGCGUGGGUGGACAGAGUUCGUAUGCUUCUGAAUACCUUUCAGUGUAGACCCUUAAGUUUAAGACCCCAUCCCCCCGAAAUCGUGUGCUGCAGAGGAAAUAGAUGGGAUUGAACGAUCUUAUCCCAUGUGCCGGCCCACAUCCUGAUCUACGAUAGCAAUGGCUCAAUGCGGUUAUAAUGUAAUUACUUGAAUAGUAGAGAGCUGUUUAAUCUCUGCAUUGCAAAAUGCAGCUCCAGGGAUGUUACGGAUCCUGCACUCCUCAUAUUAUGAGAAAAUUAGUUCUACCAAUGGAAACUUGGAAUGAUAAUAAUAAUAAUCAUUAUUAUUUUAUUAUUUAUACCCUGCCCAUUUGGCUGGUUUUCCCCAGCCACUCUAGACGGCUUACAGCAUAUAUAAAAACAUAGUAAAAAAUUAAACAUUUAAAACUUCCUGAUACAGGGCUGCCUUCAGAUGUCUUCUAAAAGUUGUGUAGUUCUUUAUCUCCUUGACAUCUGGAGAGCGUUCCACAGGGAGGGCAUCACUACCGAGAAGGCCCUCUGCCUGGUUCCCUGUAACUUCGCUUUUUGUAGUGAGGGAACCAGCAGAAGACUCUCAGAGGAUGACCUCAGUGUCCAAGCUGAACGAUGGGGGUGGAGAUGCUCCUCCAGGCAUACUGGGCUGAGGCAGUUUACAGCUUUAAAGGUCAGCACCAAAGGUCAAGAGGAUUUGGCUUUUAUGUGUGGUGCAUUUUAGUAAAUUGACUAUUUUAUGGUUGAUUCUCUUAAUUGUUUAUCUGCUUCCAAAAAGUGGUAGGAUCAAAAACAACAGCAAACAUGGUGCUUGAAAUACAGUAGAGUCGUUCAUACUGAGAGAUCUGGCUGCAGCAGCUGUAAAACAGUGGAUAAAUAAAUAAAUGACUCUCAAGGACUUGUCUCCUAGCAGCAAUUCGCGUCACAACUUGCCUCUGCUGUUUCAGCAAUAUUUCUCUCUUCAGCUAUGGUCUAACUAAAGAACAGUGUUGCGACUCUACAUGGCAUACCUGAUCCCUUCAGGUGUUUUGACAACAUAUUUUAUUAUAACUUUAUAGAAUAAAUAUUUGUGUCUCUCCUCUAGCAUACAUUUUUGUGCUCUCCCCCCUCACCUGAUGCUGGCAUUUUCAGGUUGAAUUUUGCAGAUUGUGACUUAAAUCUUGCUGCAUGUGAAGAUCAAAGCUAGAUCACAGUGCAUGUUCAUCUUAAAAUAUUUUAGUUCCUGUCUUUCAAGUUUGUAAUAGUCCAUAAACAUAUUCUUUGCCAUGUUCUACACCCUUUCUCAGAGAUAUUCCCCAUUUUUCUCUUCAACACCUUUAGAUAGUCAUGAGAAUUUUCUUGCAGUGGAAAUGGGUUCAAAACAGCACUCAUAUCUGCUCAACAAGUUCUGUUUCCCAUACUUUCUGUUUUGUGAGAUGAUAGAGGAUUGGGAGAUACUAACUGUGGAUGCUUCCUAGAAGACAAAUUACAGGAAUUAAUCUGCUUCACCUAAUGUGUCAUUUUAUGAAGGCAUUGAAUGCAAGCCAAUGAUGUCAUGCAAUUUGCUGCUCUUUAGUUGACAACAAAAUACAGAGUUUUUAUAUGCAAUCCUGUCUUUCUAGAGCUCACUUACUGUGACAGUGGAAUGCUAACUACAUAGCAGGAGUGGGGAACUUCAGGCCUGGGGGCCAGAUGCAGCCCUCCAGCGUUUUCAUUUGACCCUUGGAACACUUCCCAAGCCACACCCCUCACUGGCGCUGCUUCACACCCCAAAUUUUGCCUGUCUAGAAAGUGUCCUUGAAAUCUGAUACCUCUUGCUUGUCCAUAUGGAGGAUAGAAUUGGGUGUGUGUGUAGACACAAAUAUAAAAUUAACGUUCAUUGCUCCGCUUGCUUUUGUCUCUGGCCCCACCCACCACUGCCACGUGGCCCUGAGAAGGUUGCACAGAAGGAAAUACAGCCCUCAGACUUAAAAAGGUUCCCUACUCCUUGCUGUGUAUGGGAGGCUGGACCAAGGGGCAUGCAGUACAGUAAUACAACAAUGAAAUUAACAAACGCCUACAAUGAAAACUGGAGCAUAUUAUUCUAGCCUAACAUGAGCAAGAGGAGUAAUGUCUAUGACUGCAGAGGCAUUAAUUACCUUUCUUUCCUUUAGCAGCCGGCGAGCUCUGUGUCAGGGCGAGGGGGUACAGAGAGUCAGGACAGGAUGAGGGAUAGUUCAGUUCCGAGCUCAGCUUCCUCGUCAGUGACAGAUCUAUACAACACCCCCCGCAGCAGUAGGUCAGAACUCUUCCUCCCAGGUACAUCUGGAGACUUCAGCCUAAGUGCCUGCUUAUCAGCCUGCACCCUGCUCUAUGAGGUAUCUCAAAGGAGAAAGCACUCGAGGAUGACUGAGUGAGAAUGACUUGACUUUUGCCAGCACUAAGCCAUACUUGUUUAAAACGGUUCUUUUUUUUUCCUGAAGUGGGUACAUCUCUUUCAAAUGACAAGUGACUUUGCAUUGUGUGGUUGAGCACAAACUUAUAACAGCUAGAAGGAUGGCGUAUCUAAAAGAGGGAUGAUGGGGACAGGCUAUAAUCUGUCACAGAAGUUAAUGUAUCCUAAAUAAAUAAUAUCUGUUGUAAUUCACAAGACAGCUCGCAACAUAUUUAAAACAAUAAAAAUGUAAUACAUCAAAACCACCCACAGGAAAAAAAAACAGCAGCAUGUCUUAUACGCAAAUUGCCUUGAGACGGUUGUUUAGAAGGCAAUUAAUAAAUUGAAUGUGAUGGCGAUGUUGUCCAUCGCAAGAAACCAGGAGCUUUCAUUUGGCAUUUAAAGGCCAGCAAAAUCGGUGUUGAGUAGAUUAUAGGAGAGAGAUGGCGUAGAUGAGAUGCAACCACUGAGAAAACCCUGUUAGUGUUGCAGAAGCCACCCAACUCGGUCACCUAGGGCCUGGUCUCUAAUGAAGACCUAAAUAACAACAAAGCAUGGAUCAGGUGGUUCUUCGUAUGAGUAUGGGUUCCAGUGUCAGUCCUGUGCACUAUUGCUACAGGAUCUAAAAUUCCAUGUUAACAUCUCCAUCUCCCUAACCUCUGCAUCUGGAAAGCCCAUCACUUAAUAGAGCAAAUGCUUUCUCUGCAGAAAGUCCAGAGGUAAUUCUCUGGCAUCUUCAGUUAAAGCAGCAGUGGGGAACCUCUGGCCUGCAGGUCUAGUUAGGCCCAUCAAGCCUUUCCUUUUUUUAUAAAUUUUUUAAUAACUUUUUAUUGUUAAAAUAGUUCAUCAUUAAUACACAUAUACAAGCAUACAAACAUACAUUUCAUACAAUCCUUAAAAGUGUUCAAACAUACUUACACUCAAUCCCACAAAUAAUUCCUUUCCCCAUCACCACCCACCACCCCUCACCCCACCUUUGUGUUUGACUUCCAAUCUACUCAAUUACAAUUUCUUUCCACUUCUAUUACUUUCUUUCACACACCUUUAGCCUAAUUUCAUACUUCUUUUUCUAUUACACAUUGUUAUCCAUCUUAUUUGAUAUUUCAGUAUUUGAAACGGAACUUGUUUAUUCUAAUAGGAGUUCUGAUUUUUCGAUAUGAUUUUGCAAGUAUCUUUUAAACACCUUCCAGUCCCUAUCUAUCUUUUCUUUUGAAAUCCUUCCAAUUUCUUCCAUUGUUUUGGAUAUAUUGUAAUACUCCAAUAAUUUGGCAAGCCACUCUGUUUUUGUCGGUAUUAUACCACUUUUUCAGUUUUUCGCAAUCAAUAGCCUUGCUGCUACUGUUGCGUAUAAAUAUAAGGUCUUAUCUUCUUCCUUUAGGCUUCCUGGUACUAUUCCCAAUAGAAAACCUUCUGGUGUUUUCCUAAAUGAGUAUCUAAACAUUUUUUUCAUUUCAUUAUAUAUUAUUUCCCAAAAUUGUUUGAUGUUUAAACAAUUCCACCAUAUAUGUAUCAUAGUACCUUUUCCCGUGUUGCAUCGCCAGCAGACAUCGCUACAAUUUUUAUUCAUUUUUGCUAUUCUUUCAGGUGUUAAAUACCAUCUAUGUUGCAUUUUAAGGUAAUUUGCUUUCAGUAUAUAACACAUAGUGAAUUUCAUAUCUUCUUUCCACAAUUUUUCCCAUUGUUCAAACAUAAUAUUUUUCCCAAUAUCUUGCGCCCAUUUAAUCAUUGAUGCUUUAACCAAUUCAUCCUUUGUUUCCCACUCUAAAAUCAGAUUAUACAAUUUAGAUAUAUUUUUUUAUUUUUCUUGUAUUAAGUAUUUAUCAAAUUUUGAUAUUUCUUUUUCAAAUCCUAACUUUUUGUCUUUCGCUAAUCUAUACUUAAUUUGAAUAUAUUGGAACCAAUCACUAAUAUGAGCUUUAAUUUCUGUGUAAUCCUUUAAUUCCAAUUCUCCGUUUUCUUCCUUUAAUACAGUUUUAUAGGUAGCCCAAUUUUCUUUCAUAUUUAAUUUUUUCACUGCGACAAUUUCUGCUGGCAAUGCCCACCAGGGAGUUUUCGGUUCUAGAAGUCUUUUAUAUUUCUCCCAUAUUUUAUAUAUAGAUUUUCUGAUUAUAUGCCCUAGGAAGCCUUUAUGUACUCUCACUUUUUCAUCUAUUAGAUAGGCAUGCCAUCCAAAUCUCGUCUCUACUCCCUCUAAAUCCAAUACAUCCGAGUCAUCUAAUUUGAUCCAUUCCUUUAGCCAGGUCAGACCCACCGCAUCGUGAUAUAACUCCAUAUCUGGGAGACCAAAUCCUCCUCUCUCCUUCUUAUCUAUCAUUAUUUUGUGUUUUAUUCUUGGCUUUUUCCCUGACCAUACAAAUUUAGCCAAAUCUCUUUUCCAGUUAUUAAAACAUUUAUCUCCUCCUAGUAUUGGGAUACUUUGAAAUAAAAACAUCAUCCUUGGUAAUAUGUUCAUCUUUAUUACCGAUAUUUUCCCUAGUAAGGAAAGAUUUAAUUUCCCCAUACUUGCAAGUCAUUUUUAUUUCAUUCCAUGUUUUCCCAUAGUUCUCAUUACUUAAAUCUAUAGUGUUUGUUGUUAAAUUUAUUCCAAGAUUCCUUAUUUUCUUUUUAAUUUCCAAUCCUGUAAUUUCUUGUAAUUUCACUUUAUCUUUUUCUUCCAUAUUUUUCACUAGUAUUUUGGUUUUCCCAUAGUUUAAUUUGAAUCCUGCUAAUCUGCCAUAUUCGUUUAUGCAUUCCAAUAUUCUAGGUGUACAUUGUAGGGGAUUUUCUGUUGUGAUCAUAACAUCAUCUGCAAAGGCUCUUAACUUGUAUCUUUCUUUUCACCAACUGCUAUUCCUCUUAUUUGGUUGUCCUGCCUUAUUUUCUUUAAUAGAACCUCUAAUACUAUUAUUAAUAACAUUGGGGAUAGGGGGCAUCCUUGUCUUGUACCUUUAAAGAUGUUGAUUUCUUCUCCAAACUCUCCAUUAAUAAUAAUUUUUGCUUUCUGUUGGUUAUAUAUUGCAUUUAUACCUUUUUGGAAUUUUUCACCUAGACACAAUUCUUUUAAUAGUUUUUCAUAAAUUCCCAUGAGAUUUUGUCGAAAGCCUUCUCCGCAUCGAUUGAAAUCAGGGCUGCUUGUUUGUCUCUUCUUACUUGUAGAUAUUCCAUUAUGUCUAUUAUAUUUCUGAUAUUAUCCUUUAUUUGUCUACCUUCCACAAAUCCAGCCUGAUUUUUAUGUACUAUUUUUCCUAUAAUUUUUUUCAACCUGUUAGCCAAUAAUCCUGCAUAAAUUUUAUAAUCGGAAUUUAACAAUGAAAUGGGUCUAUAAUUUGAGACAGAUUCCAAAUCCGCACCUCGUUUUGGCAGGAGCGUUAUAUACCCUUGAGUCCAAGAGUCUGGAAUAUUCCCCUUCUCUACUGCUUCCUCUAUUACUUCUUUUAGUGGGUCGAUUAAUUCAUUUAACAUUUCUUUGUAGUAUUCUGAUGGUAUGCCAUCUGGACCUGGGGAUUUCCCUAUUUUUAAUUUUUGAAUUGAUUCCUUAAUUUCUAUGGUUGAUAUUGGUUCAUUUAAUAGUUUAUGGUCUUCUUCUGCUAUCUCUAUUAAUUUAUUUUUCUUUAUAUAUUCCUCUAUUUCUUCUAUUGGCACUUCAACUUUUUGAUAUACUUUUUUGUAAUAUUUUUCAAAAAAAAAUUAAAUUUCUGUCAUAUCCCUUAUUGUCCUCUCUUCUACUUUUAUUUUAUUUAUUAAUUUUUCAUUUCUUUGUUUCUUUAGUUGCCAGGCAAGGAUCUUGCCUGGCUUAUUUGCCCAUUCAAAAUUUUUAUAUUUCCAAAAUUUGAUUUGUUGUUCUACCUCCUGUUCUAUAAUUUUAUUAUAUUCUGCUCUCAGUAAUUUAAUUUCUUGAUUUAAUCUCUCUUUAUUUUUGCUUGCAUAGGCCAAUUUUUCCUUUUAAUUUCUUCUAAAAGCUCCCUUUUCUUUUUUUCUUUAUUCUUAUAUGCUAUUGAGUUUUGUUGUAUGAAAUAUCCCCUAACAACCGCCUUCCCAGCAUCCCACACUGUUUUAACAUCUGUCCCUUUCAAGCCCAUCAAGCCUUUCCAUUUGGUCCAUGAGGCAGUUUUGGCUAAGCCACACCCACCUGCCAUAGUAUAUGAUGUCAGGUGUGUGGCAGGUAAAGCUGCAGUUGAGCCAGAAGGAAGUUUUCAGGAUUGGUGACGCCUACAGAGUCCUGUGCACAGCACUUCAUAAGCACUGCAUCGGGGUUUCCAGAGUGCUGUACACAGGGUUUUGCAAGCCCUGAGGAUUAAACAGUUGUUGGGGCUUGCACUUGCUGUGCCUAUGCCCACGCAAUUUGAUUUGAAAAUGCACAGGGGAAAACAGGUGAGCUGACGUUGUUGAGGUGUCAGGCGAAUGAGCCAAUUAGGUUGUCUGACAUCUUUUAACUCAGGCGGGGAACUGAGUUUGUCCCCACCUCCUCAACUGAAGGAAGGGUCAGGCAUGUUACUCAAAAUCUGAAAGCCCCAACCUGAUGACCUCUAGUACCUGAAAACUUCACCCGGCAGCUUCUUGCAUUUUUAGUUUCCUCUGAAACUAUAAGCUUAAAACUUAGGUUGAAACUGAAAAUCUAGCAGCAUUAUUUCAUUCACAUGCAUAUGUAGGGGUUGCAUCCAAUGCUCUGCAUGCGUGGUUCUCCUGGUGCAGUGGGACCUCUGUUCCAUCUCCCCCCACCCACCCACAAUCUGCUCUGGAGGGUCACCCAACCCUCUGCAGCUGGUUUUGAGAGCAUGGGGGCGGAAGGCUUGAGGGGACAGGUGAGGAGGCCACUGUAGGAAACUGCGAGCUGAGGCAGGUGGACCUUUUGCCUGAUUUAGACAGACUUCUAUUCGUAAGGCCUAGGUAUGUUGUAGAGGAGGGGGUUCUCAAACUGUGGUCCACAAUCUUCUUUCAGGUGGUUCACAGUGUGCCUGUUAAAAUUUAGUUUAAAAGCCUACGGCAUCUAGCACAGCACAUUACAGUUACUACAACAGGCAGACAACUCAAGACCCUCAGCAAUUUUCAAGUGAUCUGUGGGGAAAAGAUCUUGAGCACCGCUGUUCUAGAAGGUUCACAGAGAUGUGACCUGUUCUAAUUAGGAUCAAGGCUAACCCCAGAACAAAUGGCACCCUGGCAGGGAGCAUCUUCAUUCACUUGAUCAACUUUCAAAUUCCUUAUUUCUUAUUGCAUUUGUAGCCCACGCCAUGACUUUGAAAUGCAUGGUUUUGCUUUAGCACUGUCAUACCAGAUAAUAAAUUAGCUUGCUAGGAUCUGUAAAUCUAUAUUUAUUGGAUUCUUUGUUUCAGCUGCUGAGUGAUGAGUUCAAUAGAUAACCCAUGAGCCACGAUUGGUGGUUCUGCAGAAUUAUGAAAUAACCCCACUCAACAAACCAAAGGAUCCUUUUUUUUCUUUGGCUUACUUUUGAGAGGCAGCAUUAUGCCUAAGAUGCAGGUAGUGGUUAGAGAUUUUAAUAUUGUUUUCAGCUGCAUAUUUGAAUUUAGUGGAAUUAUAUGUGUGUGUAUUGAUGCUUGUUCUGAGCUUUGACAGUGGAGUGGGCCAUAUAAAUCAAUGAAAAGGGUUGUGUGAAUGAACUGUGAAGCAAGAGGAUGCUCCCUUUUGGUUUCCUCAAAGUGUUUACUCCUACCCCAAACAUAAAACUAUUUCAGCUACCCUUGAUUCUUCAGAACACACAUAUAUAAUGUCUUUGUGGAAAUUAUAAAUACCUGGCUCUUACUGGGAAGGUGCCACUGAGCUUAUCUUCCGGGGUUUUUUUGUUUCUGUGAUGGCUGCUGUUCAGGAAAUCAUCAAACCCUUGCACUUUCCUUUUUGAAAAAAAACAUUGAGAUCAGAGAAGUCUGAUGAGUCAUGCAGAGUGGGAGCAGUAUUCCUGGCAAGUCUAGAGAUCAAGCCUAGAGUUCAAGGGAAUGGAACUCCAAGCAAGAGAUGUGAAAGAGCAAUGUUUGGGUUUCUAGCCAUGCUAUAUCUGCUGGUGUAUGAGGACCUCUUUCCCAUGGGCUGGGAAGGAGCUUCCUAGCUUCUGCUUAACUUAUACACGUUGCUGUUACAGGGUGCGGUGGAGCCCAUGCAGAUUGAUGUAGACCCACAAGAAGAUCAGCAAAAUGCACCUGAUAUCAACUAUGUGGUGGAGAACCCGACUCUGGUAUGUGUUGGAGGGUGACAAUGAGAAAGGAAUUCUUAGGUCGGCUAAAAACUUAGAUUUUAUCCAUCUAAGCCGGUGGUUCUCAAAGGGUGUGGCAGGAGAGGAUGGCAAGUAAAGUGGGAAGAUUCAAGGAUAAUCAAUAUUACAUUUUUGGGAAUGAUUCACGUUAUGUGGCUGCAUUGCGUUAUACUUUCUGGAUGUCCUAUGAUCAUAUCACAAAGCAGUUGUGUUCUGUUUUUAUAAAGCAAGCAAUGCUAGGAGUUGUUUUUCAUUUCCCCCUCCAGUGUAUUUCUUAUCAAUAAAAGAAAUGGUGUGGCGCCAGAAAAUUUUUGUUCUGAAAGUGUAGCCCAGAGGAAAAAGUUAGAUAACCAGUGAUCAAAGGACAUGCUUUGGAUAGAUAGAUAGAUAGAUAGAUAGAUAGUUCUAUCCAAAGUAGCACAGAGGAAUGAGUACUGUCAGCGCAAGGAUUUCCACUUGCACAGUGGGACCAUCCUCCCUCUCCACUUCCCACACUCCCCUAAAUCUUUUCCAGGGGGUCCUCCAAUCUUCCGGAGCAGGUUUGAGGAGGGCACGGGGUGUGCUCAGGGGAAAGAGAGUGGGAUAAUGUCUCAUUGCACAACUGAAAAUCCUUGUGCUGAUUGGACGUGUUGCUUAGAUACCUCCCAUAAUGUUUGAUUAUUCAUUAUUAUUAUAUUUAUUUCUGUUCUGCCUUUUCCCUGGACUGGGGCUCAAGGCGGCUUACACAAAUUAAAACAACACACAGAGAAAUGUUUCAUCUAUAUUGUUUUUCCAACUAGACAUUUAUUUUGUUUGUUAUAUUUUCCUUACCCAAUUUCUGCAUGGUCUUCCUGAGCUGCACAAACAUUUGCCGUGAGUUCAGGUAGAGGAUGUGCAUGGGAUGAUGUGAGCAUGGGGCAAAUGUGAGCUGGACAAAAUUAAGAAAUUACGGCAUCUUGACCAACUGGCAAGAUUACCAUGAAUUUUAUACAUAUUCCUGCCUCUUCUGAAAUGAGUUAGCGCAUCCCCUUGAUGCCACUAUUCCUGAUUUCUCACUGUUCUAAAUCCCCCCCCCCCCCAGUAUACUAUUAUGAAGCAAUUUUACAUUUCGGUCCUCCUGUUCCAAGGCUCCCGUAGGCGUUGUAUUCUGCACCUGCCAUGCACAGAUCCUUGCCCUGCAGAGUGGAGAAAACAGCAAAGAUGAGAUGAAUGCCAUUAAACCAUUGUCAAAAAGCAGGGGUGGGGAGACUUUGGCCCUCCAGAUGUUGCUGGACUCCAACUCCCUAACAACAUCUGGUGGGCUACAGGCUCCCCACCUCUGUCACAAAGGAACAGAAUCUGCUGCAUGGUUCUUACUUGCUGCAGGAGAUAGUCAAAUGACAGUGGAAGAAUACUACAAUUCUAACUGCAGGGGAAGACAGCUUGCUAUCUGGGGCAUUGCUUUCUGCUGUAAAUGAUCAUUUUCUUGUUGUGCUGUGGCCCACAGGAUCUGGAGCAGUAUGCAGCAAGUUACAGCGGCUUGAUGAGGAUCGAGCGGCUGCAGUUCAUUGCAGACCACUGCCCGCAACUGCGAGUAGAAUCCCUCAAGAUGGCCCUCUCCUUUGUCCAAAGAACAUUCAAUGUUGAUGUUUAUGAAGAAAUUCACCGGAAGUUGACUGAAGCCACCAGGUAUUAAGAAGAAGAAACACUGAAAAUAAACUUCUGGUUUGUGAGAAUCCCCAUACUGGUCAAAUGACCCUGCAUAGAUCAGUUCUCUUGUCCUGCAACUGCCUAUAAUUUCAGUGUUUGUGCUUACUUGCAAGGUAGUGCAUGCACCCCAUCCCCCCAAAGAGAGUUUUCUGUGUUUUUCUUCUUGUGUUUGUUAAUUUGAGUUGCCAGUAGCCAGUAAUGUCCUAUGAACAAACUACAUGAAGAGAGGAGCAGCUCUGUCCAAAAUUGAACUUUGUGCAAUUAUGGCACUGUAGUUAGCUUCUGGUCCUCCUGGUUCUUUGAUUGUGAUCUUUAAUAAUACAGUGGUACCUCUGGUUACGCACUUAAUUUGUUCCGGAGGUCCGUUCUUAACCUGAAACCGUUCUUAACCUGAGGUACCACUUUAGCUAAUGGGGCCUCCUGCUGCCACCGUGCUGCCAGCGCGUGAUUUCUGUUCUCAUCCUGAGGUAAAGUUCUUAACCCAACGUACUGCAUCCAGGUUAGCGGAGUAGUACCGAAGUGUUUGUAACCCGAGGUGUUUGUAACCCAAGGUGUUUGUAACCCGAGGUACCACUGUAAUAAUAAUAAUACUAAUCUUAAGUCACAUACAUGCAUGCUACUGUCCUUAACUGAAACUAAUUAUGAAGCAAAGUAGGCUGAAUUCCCAUUCUCCGUUCCAUAUUCCCAAGUGACUCUCCUAUCCAUUAACCAGUUUUUGUUACUUUUAUCACAGUCUCUUUUAUUGUAUCCAUGUGACUUACAUGCCUCGUUUUAUCAUAGUUUACACACCAUAAGCCCCCUUGCUUCUAUACUAAACUUCCAGUGUAUUUGGACUUUAAACUAUUGCUUUAUAGGUAUGUGCGGACUUCCACUGUUUCUUCAGUUAGAAAACUGUUUAUAGAGUUGCAUUAAGCAAACCGUUAUUUGUAUUUUUCUAAAUCAAGAGAGUUUUUGUCAACUGCUGGAUCAACAUCUUUAAAAACUGGCUGGAUGACACACUUUGCUAAUGGUUAUGAUUCCCCCCCUCCCCCCAUUCUUACAGCAUCACACUCUUGAUAGCUCAUUUAUUGCCCUUGAUAACAGUGAAUCGUGUGCCUCCCCUUACUGUCUGUCUGCUGCUUUUUCCCCAGAGAGUUACAAAACACACCUGAUGCUGUCCCAGAUGGAGGAAUAGAGCCCCCUCCUCUAGACACGGCCUGGGUUGAAGCUACACGCAAAAAAGCUCUUCUUAAGCUGGAAAAGCUAGACACGGAUUUAAAGAACUAUAAAGGGAACUCAAUCAAGGAAAGCAUCAGGUGAUCAGCUGUAACAUGCCUUUACUCGGGAACAACUAGUUCUCAGUUCGAAGCAACAUUUUGUAUUCAAAGGAAUCAAAUUGCUUUGUGAAUUUGCAUGCACUUUGAAAAACAGUUUUGAUGAAAUGCAUCAUUCGCACAGUUCACUGGUAGAUAAUCCCAUGAAAAUAGACCUGUCCAGGACUCAAGUUGCACAGGUGACCUAUUCAGAGAAAAGGUUUUCAUUCUAGAAGCCACCUUGUGAGUGUUAAAAUGUCUUUCUGAACUGCUUCCCACUAAGAGUCCCACCCACCCAAAUAUACUUUGCUAUUUAAGGGAGUUGUGGGAGGGAUGCGGGUGGCACUAUGGGUUAAACCACAGAGCCUAGGACUUGCCGAUCAGAAGGUCGGUGGUUCGAAUCCCCGCGAUGGGGUGAGCUCCGGUUGCUUGGUCCCUGCUCCUGCCAAUCUAGCAGUUCGAAAGCACGUCAAAGUGCAAGUAGAUAAAUAGGUACUGCUCUGGUGGGAAGGUAAAUGGCGUUUCCGUGUGCUGCUCUGGUUCGCCAGAAGCGGCUUAGUCAUGCUGGCCACAUGACCCGGAAGCUGUACGCCGGCUCCCUCAGCCAAUAAAGCGAGAUGAGCGCCACAACCCUAGAGUUGGUCACGACUGGACCUAAUGGUCAGGGGUCCCUUUACCUUUACAUAUGUGUCUCCUACUUUUAUAAUUUCUACAGAAGCUCAUUACUUUAGUUUUGUGUUGGGCUUGUGAAUAUUCUGGAAUCAGAUUCAUGUUUGGAAGCAGCUGUUUGGGAAGAGCAGAGAGAGGGCUUUGUAGCAGGAAACUAUUGAGAAGAUUAUUGUGAUAGCUAUGCUAGAGUCUUUACAAAUGAUGACUGGCUCUGUCAUACUUGAUAGUCUGCACCUUGCCAAAAAUAUAGAGAAAUGUCUUUAUUCUGUGCAUCUGUUAACUCUGAAUAAGCACAGCCUUUCGCCUGAGCAUGUUAUCCAGCUCUGGCCUUGUUUUGAGUUGUAAUUUUUGGGGGUGGGGUAUGUGUUUUGCAUCCUGGCUUAUUCAUUUUGCAGCUGCCGUCAUCCCUUCUUUCUAGGAGAGGCCAUGAUGACUUAGGCGAUCACUACCUUGACUGUGGGGACCUCAGCAAUGCCCUCAAAUGUUAUUCGCGAGCCCGCGAUUACUGCACCAGCGCAAAGCACGUUAUCAACAUGUGCCUCAAUGUUAUCAAGGUAAAGUACAAUAUAUGUCAGUGGUCCUUUUCAAGUGGGACACACUUGUGGAAUUUCGCCUUUAUUUAAGAUACGCUCUACCUGCUGCACAUCAUCAAAUGAAAUCUUCUUUUCUCUCCCCCACCACCUGGAACGUACAGUCUGAUGACCCAUCAACAGAAAUGAGUUUCUUCAUUCACAGAUGUGCCUAUUAGAGACACAUAAUUCCCAGGGAGUGAGAGCUUUACCUCUUACUCAGUGUCAGGGGCUGGACUGAGGAAGAAUGGUGUGAGCCCCCCUCCCCUUCUCCUGAACCUUCCCAAGGGCAGGAGGACAGUAUUGAUUUAGAACAGUGGUUUGCAGAGGGGCAUAGUCCAGAGGAGAAAAGCUGGGAAAUACUGGGUGAGGAACAGCUAGAAGAAGGCACACUGGGAGAGAGACAGCUAGCAGAUUCAGUGUCCUUCGACAGCAUUCCUGACCCCGCCCCCUUCGCCUAGGACUAGACGGGCUCUGAGAGUGAUAGAAAAGAAAGCGCAGAGGCAACAAGCUCAGAUUACCCAACGUAGCAGUGACGAAGAUUAAUGGAGAUGGAGGGGGUGAACCUUAAGUGGGAACAACGCCAUUUUUAGAGGGAUAUGCAUUCCUUUGUCUCUCGCUGUGAUUAUUAAAGAAACUCUGGUAAGAACGCUCCUUUUGUGUGAUCUUCUUAAUCACUGCCACCGGGGAAGGGAUCCGAUUCCCCGAAGCCUGACACUCAGCUUUUACUGCAGUGCUGCAGUCUGUUUUCUUCCUCUUCCAGGUCAGUGUUUACCUCCAGAACUGGUCCCACGUCCUGAGCUAUGUGAGCAAAGCCGAGUCCACGCCAGAAAUUGCAGAGGUAGUAAGCUUUUUACAACAUGACUAUUGCCACCAACCCAGGUCCGUGCCUUUUAGUUUUACUUCAUUUUUUAACAGCUGUAGCUAGCCAUUCUUCCAGCCACACGCAAGACAGAGUAGAGGCCCGCUCCCCUCAUUUUACCCUCACAACAGCCCUGUGAGGUAGCACAGGCUGAGAAAGGCCAUCCAGCAGGAUUCAUGGCUGAAUGGGAAUUUUUAAGCCAGGUCUCCCCACUUCUACUCUAAACUGCUAUGCUGUGUUAGCUCUCAGUAUGGUAUGUGGGUCCCUGGAUUUAUGCCCCGAGGCUUCAUAAUUUCUAUGUCAAAUAUUGGACCUCGGUGCCCCACAGGAGGAUUGGGGUGGCAAAUGAACUAAUACUGUGUUUUGAGGGGUUCUAAUGCACCCCUUGAACAGAGACUCUGUUUCCUUUUCAUCCUUCUUGGUGUUCCUUGUUGAGCUCUGGGUGCCUUUUCAGACUUGGGUCAUGCUGGGAGCCAAGGAGAUUGCAGAGCAGAAGUGCUUCCUCAGACGGGUUUAACAGAAGGAAUUAAGCAAAAAAUAAAGCUGCUGUUUAUUUGCUGAUUCUCUGCCUCCUCCCUCUCUAGCAAAGAGGAGAACGUGACAGCCAGACACAGGCAAUCCUCACCAAAUUGAAGUGUGCCGCAGGUGAGUGAGUGAAUUGCAUGCCUCAUAGAUACAGCAUCUGCCCUUAGUGCUCAUCAGACUUGCUGUGUGCAGAAACAGCACAGCAUUUAGGCAUAACAAACUUCCUUGCUUGCUUUUUCUACCCCAUGAUAGAGCAGGGCAAAUUCCCAAGUACAGCUUCUGCGUUUUAGUUGCCCGUCUUCUGGCCUUAGAUCUGUGGAAAGGUGUGGAGCUCCUCUUCUAGGUUUCUGUGUGACCCUACCAGUGUGUCUCUCCUAACACAUGCAAGCAGUGUCUUGGACAGAAGACUAAUUGUUAAGUCUGGUUUCUAGGCUUGGCGGAACUCGCUGCCCGGAAAUACAAGCAAGCAGCAAAAUGCUUCCUGUUGGCCUCAUUUGAUCACUGUGAUUUCCCUGAGGUAAGCAUUAGGCAGAGAUAUUGAGAGCUGGGGAAGCUGUGGAGAUUGGGGGGGGGGGGAGAUGCCAGAUAGCUGUGGCCUAUUCCUAAUAUGGCCUGAUUUUGGGGGGACCAUGUUCCUCCUUGAUUUUUCUGAGUGUCUUGAAGACCAGCUUUUCUGUGGGCGUGUGAACAGAGCAGGGUUCAGACUACCUAGCUGUCUACACCUGUAGCUAUCCUUGAAGAUCGCUUCUUCAGAGGCUUCCUCUCCUCUCUUUUUCUAGCUGCUGUCCCCUAGCAAUGUGGCCGUGUAUGGUGGCCUCUGUGCAUUAGCCACCUUUGACCGUCAGGAAUUGCAGCGUAAUGUCAUCUCCAGCAGGUGAGAGCUUUGGAGGACCUUGGGCAUGAAAUAGGCCAACUGAAUUAGAGUUGUGUUUUGUUUUGUUUUUUGCCUUUUGGGUUCUGAGUUGCUUUUAGUCUUUGGUAAGCAAUUUAGUUAGAUGACUCCCCGAAGGUCCUGGAUUUGAUUUCUAGCUCGUCGUUUGAAUCCCUUGGGCAGGACUCUUGAGGACCAGUGGCUGAGGCAUUUAGUUGCCCACUGCUGAAAACAGCAUGCUGGACUAAAUGAACUUACGUUCCUAAGCCACUGUGUCUAGGUGUUAAUUUCCCUGUUUGAGAAUAGAGAACAGCGACAUGUCUGCACUGUGCUACUGUGAGAGAGAACAAGAAAAGGAUGGUAAAGCCCUUGCAAGUUAAAAGGAAGCAUACAGGGCAAUUACAUUUAGUUUCCUGUGGGUGUUUGGAACUUGGAGCAAACCAUUGGUGAGGAGAGGUUAGGCAGUUUCUCUCCUCCCACCAGUCCUCUACUCCCAAUAUCCAUCCUGUGACUUCUUUUCAAAUUAAAGCAAGGCUGAGUUCUGGGCAGACAUGCCUCCCCAUAACUAGGGACCACAUCUCCCGAGAUGCAGAGGAACCUAUUGCGGCCUUCCCUAACCUGAGGGGAAGUUUUGGACUGCAAUGCCCAUCAGCCCGAUAGAUGGCCUAUCGGUUUAUUGACUCAUUCUUUUUCAACCUUUUUUGCACAAUCACCAUAGAAACCAACAUGUGCCAUUCUUAUAGGGGAGAGGGAUCCUAGCCUCUUUUUAAAAGGGUGUGGGAAGUGGAUGACUUUGUGCUCUGACCCACUGUAUCUGCAGCUCCUUCAAACUCUUCUUAGAGCUGGAGCCACAGGUGCGGGACAUCAUCUUCAAGUUCUACGAAUCCAAAUACGCCUCAUGUCUCAAGAUGCUGGACGAGAUGAAGGUGAGUCCUAGAGAGCUGAGCUCUCUCUGUGUGUUCCUGGGUUUCUUUGUUUUUUUGCAGCAUAGUUUUUAUUCAUUUUCAUCUUUAAACUGCUUAACAUGGUUGCAUUGAGAUGUAUCUUUGUUUCCUUUGGAGCAUAUGGCAUGCAACAGUUUGGUUAAAAAUAAAAAUAAAACAACCAUAAACACUCAGAUAAACAUUUCUGAACCUAGUAACAAAGUUGUGUAGAAGUGUAUAUUCAAAAAAAUAUUACCGUUAUUACAGAUAGGAAAUGAUGUACAGUAACAUGUAUUGCUUAGCCUCUGUGUGAUUUGAGAAGGGGCUGCAGCAGCAGUAUUUAUAUUGGUGAGCCCUUGAUGGCCCUUUCCUGGCAGGCAUACUUAUUCCUAGUAUACAGGCACCAAAUGAAGGCACUGAAAAUGAGGCAGUGAGAGGCAGAGGGAGGGACGGAAACAAGGUGGCAAAACAUGGCUUUGUGCAACAUGAAUGAGCAUUGGGCUCGUGCACGCCCUCCUUCCAUGGUGUGUUCCACUUAAUAAGUUAUUCCUGGUUUGAGGCAAACCGUAGCUUGACAUUACAUCCAUACCAGCGCACGAUGCAGACCAAGUGCAAACAAUAGUGACAGAUGUAAUGGCAAGCUAUGGUUUCCUCAAACCAGGAAGAACUGAUUAAUUAAAAGGAGUCCAACGUGCCUUCCAGGCUUGUCCCCUAGUGCCAAAACCAUGGUUUGGCAUUAUGUCUGAACUGAGCCCAAUAGGUUAGCCUCUCCAAGUAGCUUUAUUGCAAACUACCUGCAUCUGCUAAGCUCAGACCGGCAGCAAAAUAAAACACAGGAAUAUUUAAAGCUAUGUGUGUAAAUAUGUGCAUUCAUAGAGAGAUCUUUUCCGUGUCUAAAUAAAGAAAAGGGGGGGGGGGACAAAUGUCGCUUGAGGAAAAGGCUCUGCUUGCAUAUGUAGCUUUAGUUGCUGGUCUGAAAUUACACUGCCCUGAUGGUGAAAGCAGUUACAUAAAAUAAAUGUAUCCACUGCUUAUUUAUCAUCUCCCUACUCUCUUUAGCUGUUUUGUGAAGACUGUUGCUUGUUUGGAAAUGGUCAAAAUAGAGAGGGCAGAAUUCCUCUCUCUCCUCAGUACUAGCUGGGUUCAGUUUUCUCUAGGUUAAUAGCAGUCACUACAAAUGUUGUGCAUCUUUUGUUGGAUGUGAAAUAUUGCUAUAGCCACCACUCAGGCUAUGAGGUGCAUCUGACAAUGCCUUUGUAGCCUUUGAUAGCUAGACCUGAUUAUUAUUUUUCAUUUGUAGUUUGCUGACUCCACAAAUACAUGUCUCUUGCUGUGUCGGGGGUGAAGGGUUGGGGAGAGCUUUAUGUGUCAACUCUUCCUAACAUACUCAAUUCUGCACAGGAUAAUCUGCUGCUGGAUAUGUACCUGGCACCUCACGUGAGAACACUUUAUACGCAGAUUCGAAACCGCGCCCUCAUCCAGGUAAUUGCCAUCCUAAUAACUGCUCUCCUUUUGUCCUAACCUUUGUCCUAGCAUAGAGGGCCAUUAAUGGACAUUUUCAUUCUCUGCUCCUUUCUCAUUCUCAGUAUUUCAGCCCCUAUGUGUCAGCAGACAUGCGGAAGAUGGCCACGGCCUUCAACACCACGGUGGCAGCUUUGGAGGACGAGCUCACUCAGCUGAUUCUAGAAGGAUUGAUUAAUGCCAGAAUAGACUCUCACAGCAAAGUGAGUACCAGUCACAUCCAAACUAAACCUCCCUGACUGCUGCUGCUGAAAGCUAAUGGCUUGGUAGUGAUAAAACCCUGAGGGGGGAAUUACCAAUGCAAGGCCUGCAUAAGGGCUUCUGCUUGCACAAUGAGGCUUCCCCCUCCCCUUGAUAUUGGCUGGUGGGGGGAAUUGGGACAACCUCUGGAAGAGGGGAUUGGGGGCGUUGUUCUAUCUGGCAAGCUGCAACACUUGCAUAGAUGGGACUUUUGCCAUAGCACGAUGAUCACUCUGAAUGCUCCAUGCAUUUCUUUCGCUGUAAACCAAUUUAAAAAUAAGCCAGUGCCACAUUAAAGCCCAAACUGGGUGCUAAAAAAGGCCUGGUUGGUUAAAAUCCUAAAUGCACAAAAGUUUUCAUGAUAUUUAGGCUAGUACAGGAAUUGCAGAAGGCUGUUUUUUUUAUCAAAGAGGAUUUAGUUGGGGGGGUUAUAAACAAUGGAGAGGAAAGGGAGUUCUCCCAGAUGCGCAAGCCAUACCUCCUUGUCCCUGGAACUCCUCCCUCAGUUCCAUUCUGGCUUCUGAGCCUCCGUCAGGCAUGUUGUUUCAUUUUUGAAUGCUAGAAACUGCCACUCUUUUCAUUUUAAACUCUCUUCCACAAAGGCAACUUCACAGAGUCCUUGUUUCCAGCAAAUCAGACACUGUCCCUCCAGUGAGCAUCAGGGGCUUGGGUGGCUGCUGUCCUAAAGGGUGCUGUGAGCCCUUCAACUUUCCUGGUUUUUUUGUAGAUUUUAUAUGCACGGGAUGUCGAUCAACGUAGUACUACCUUUGAGAAGUCCUUGCUGAUGGGGAAGGAGUUUCAGCGUCGCGCCAAAGCUAUGAUCCUACGAGCAGCUGUCCUGCGUAACCAGAUCCAUGUGAAGGUCAGCAAAGGGUUAACUUUUUAAUGUUUCAUUGCUGUAAAUUGCAGACCUAGCGGCAUAUAAAUAUUUAAUAAAUAAAGAGGCUCUAAAUUCUGGGCAGGGGCUUGCUACUUCUAAACGUACUGGGCGCUCUGGCAGAGUUUUGUGUGUGAAUAUAAGUCAGAAGCAUUGGGGUCAAGCUGAUACAUACCAUUUGAGCCAGCUUUUCUCUUACAUGCCCUGAAUAGCUUUACCUUAUAAAUGUAGCUAUUUACAAGCAACUAAGGUAAACAUGGGGGGGGGCAGUUUUCAUGAAUUCUACUCAUAUUGAUCCAGAGCAGAUUCCAACAUAUAGUUAGCAGAGUCAAAACUUAAACACAUUGCAGGAUUCUGAAAAAUAUAGACCAGAGGCAAUUAAUAUUUCAUCCAGCAGAGCUUUACUGCUACUGAAGGCAAAUGAACAUAAUGGGCAUAAAUCCAAUACAUUCAGGAUUGGCACUGUCCAUAAGAAAUCCAGUUGCAGCAAACAACUUAAACUUAGAAUAACUUAUAACACUAAGCAUACUAUAAACAGAACACCACACCAGAAGGAAAGAGAGAUAGAGAGUGAAAUCCAGGCUCCUUCUGGCCCUAUUAUUAUAGUCAGCAUGACCUUGACAGAAAGAGAUGACAGAACCAGUUUAAGCCAGCUGUACUCGGCUUCUCUGAAGGAAUAACCCAAACAUCAUGAACCUUCUGCUUGUUUCUAGGCAGAAUAGAAACUUUGUGUGUCAGCUAGAAACUUCCAGCUUGCACCAGUUUCUUUCACAGAGAGAAGCUUUCAGAACCCUCUUGAAUUCCCGUAUUUUUCGCUCUAUAAGGCGCACCAGACCACAAGACGCACCUAGUUUUUGGAGGAGGAAAACAAGAAAAAAAAUAUUCUGAAUCUCAGAAGCCAGAACAGCAAGAGGGAUCGCUGCGCAGUGAAAGCAGCAAUCCCUCUUGCUGUUCUGGCUUCUGGGAUAGCUGCGCAGCCUGCAUUCACUCCAUAAGACUCACACACAUUUCCCUUUACUUUUUAGGAGGGAAAAGUUAAGUCCUAUAGAGCCAAAAAUACGGUAAUUAGAAUAGGAAAGAUCUCUACAUAUCAAAUCAAUACUUUCUGUACCAAGAAAUGCAAACUGACAGCAGUAUCCAAUUCUCCAACUCUGCUGCCGUAACAAAACUCUGCGAAUGCUGUGGAACCUCUUCUUUCUCUUCUGUCCAGUCUCUCGUGUGCCCUCAAGAGACAAGAUUUGGGGAACCUUCCAGAGCACAUUUUUGGGGUAUUUUGGAUUGUGGGGGAGUAGAGCUGAAAAUAAUACCAAUAUUUUUCACAUGCACCUCUUUGGUUUCAGGUAGUACAUGGGUAGAGGAGUCAGUUUAGUCAGAAUCAAGUAUACACUUCCAGAGUCAACAUUAAAUACAUUGCUUCUGGUAAAUGAGCCACCAUAGCUGCUAGAGGGCCGUGGAAAUUGGAGGCUUUUUAGACUUGACUACCCAUGUAGUAUCCAAAACCAAAGGGGCACAUUGGUUGCCAGAGGUUAUUUUUUUUCCAGCUCCCCUACCCCACUAGGAGGGCGAGGGGAAACAGAAGUCCCGUUGUGCCAGCACAACCAAAUGCGCAGAGCAUUGGAUAUAAUCUAUCCCCCUUAAAAAAUAAAUGUAUAAGACUAAAAAUAAAUAAAUUUGCUUCAGUGCAAAAUGACAGUUCAUGCAGUAGCUGCAAUAUUUAAGGCAGGAAUGGGAAACCUUAAACAGGGUUGGGGAGCCUCAAGAUGUUUUAACAGCAAACUGAGCGUAGUCAAAAUGCAGAGUGUUGUUGGCUGGUUUACAAGGGGAAAGCUCAUCUUGCCGCGAGACAAGGCGUUCGUCCCAUGCUCCUCUUCAGGGUGAUGAAGUGCCAAGGGUCAUUCAGUUUGACCACAGUUUAUCAUGGGACCAACCAGAAUGUGAGAUGUGCAAGGCCUGGAUUGCUAAUCUCCUGUUAUUUUCUCCCAAGAUGAAAAGUCUAUAAACUUUUCCAUAUUUAACCACCAAUUCCUGCAGCUCACUGCUGAGGUAGGAAGCCCUUUCCUCAAAGGACAACUCAUUGGAAUAACUGGAUACAGGGAAUAAUCCCCCCUCUAACCAUUCUGAUGUUUUGGGGGAAGGUAGUUGCUGCUCAUUUGGCCCCGGUCUGGGGUUUUCCUCCACUUGCCUGCAACCAUGGACCCUUGUGGGUUGGGGAGAGAAGGUGUCUUCCCGUCUCAUCGCUUCCUGGGCCUGCAGCCUCUCUCUCUCUUUUUCUUGCAGUCUCCUCCGAGAGAAGGAAGCCAAGGUGAACUCACUCCAGCAAACAGCCAGUCCCGGAUGAGCACCAACAUGUGAAGCUCUCUGAAUCUCCAAGAGACUCUUCCUUCCCCCGCACACCCAGGGCCAUGUGUAUCCAGCAUCCAAGCCACCAACUGUUCCUUGGUGCCUUUUCGGACUCUCUAGGUGUGGGAGGGGCAGGACUGUCAGGGGAGUCUGCCUUUAGAGUCUGAUAAUUCCUCUUAGAACAGAAACUUCCAUUAGAUGCAGCACGUCGAGAAUACGCGAGCAUGUGAGAGUGCCGGGGUGCACCUUCUCCUUCCCCCAGGGUAUUUCACAAACAGGGGCUUAUCUUAAGCUGCCAACAGAGCUUUCUGGGGUUUCCUUUCCGUAAAUGAUAUGUAGCCUGAAUCUGGAGGAACAAAUGCGUUCCUAUAGAACUUCAUUCACACCGACACGUCUCAGACCCGGAGAGUCCCCCUGGGGCAACAUCCAGCAGGAAACCUAGCGUCAGCUCCAUCCCUCACUCUCCAAGGCUUGUGUUUUAUUUACCCUGGGUCGGCUCCAUUUCAAUCUGUUCUUCCCGUUUUAAAAAGUGUGCGCUCUGGUUUGUUCUCACAUCCCUGGCCUGGUUUUGACUGUGGUUUUCAAUGUUCGUCACCCAAUUUUACUGCUGUAGUGUAUGGUGGCUUUCUAGCCUUUGGGGGCGCCAAUAGAGAGAGUAAAAUGACAUUAAAGUACAUCCAUCUGCGUCUAGGCAGGAACCUGCUUGCCCGGGUGUCGGCACUCCUGACACCACUUUUUAUUUAUCCCUUACAGAAAAGGGUUGUGGGUCACAGGCCAGACUCGGGACUGUCUUCUCUUAAUGAGCAUUGUUUAAAUGUUUGAAUAUUCCACAGUGACUUCCGUUUGGGGUUCAUUCGUUGGUGUUUAUCCCAAGGACAAAAGUUACAAAUUUGAACCUAGCCCUUGACAACUCAACUUUCUACAGACACUGUUAAUGCUGUUUAGUUUAAAUCAAAGUUCUCUCCUAUGCAUUAAAAAGCAUAAUUGUAAAGAUAAAGUGCA